AUGGAGCACAAACCAUCGAAUUCGGAUCUGAUACUCGAAUUGUUCGGGCCCGAAUACCUAGAACUCGACAGCGAGUAUAUGUCAAGUAUUACUUUGCAACGAAUCCAAGUAGAAACUACUCAACAAUCAGACCCUAAAGAACAGAUGAAGGCACAGGCCAGAUUCCAGAGAGAAGCAGAAGCAAAACUGACCAAGUAUUCUUUGGAACCAAACUUUCAAAUGCCGGACACUAUCCGGGCAAGACCAGUUACAGCCCAAACUACAUCGACUAUGACAAGUAAGGAAGAAACGCCAUCUGAAGGCAUCCAUACAUCUAGUCCGCCAAUUGCCCCAACAAACCACGUAUCCAAAACGAACAACUCAACCCAAUGCAAACUCCCAGGAGAAGAAGAAAAGAAAAUCGCAUCAACAUCACCACCUGUAACUACCCCAUCCAUCAUAAAUUUAAAUACUACUUCAGAGGGCGAUUUAUAUAUUUUUAAUAAUGUUAGUGUCACAGAAAAUAGUAAUAAAAAUAAAAAUACAAUUAAUAAAAAAAGUAAGAAGCGUCGCCGUGCUAGAUAUACACAUAAAACUCGAAUCAACCAAGUUAAGAAAGCUAUAACAAAGUACAAAGUAAUCAAACACCAAGAAACUUUAGGGUUUCCGACUAAAAUUAAUUUACGCAAAUGGAAAAUUAAGAAAUUAUCUGGUCUAGCAUAUAAUCCCACUAUUGAUUAUAAAAAUAACAUUGUUACUAUGAACCAAAAAUGUAAUUUUUGUAAUGCUCUCAAGUGGAAAGGCGAAACUCCUGGUAUGUGCUGUAAUAUAGGUAAAACACAACUCGAUCCCUUACAGCCGCCCCCAGAACCAUUACGCAGUUUACUUGAGGGAGACCAUCCUGAUCAUGAUCACUUCAUUAAUCGUACUAGGAAAUAUAAUAGUUGUUUUCAAAUGACUUCGUUUGGUGCUAAACAGAUUGUUGAAGAAGGAAAACCCACAUUUUUACAAAUAUAUUUUGUUGGCGAAGAUGAAAAAGAAGUUCAACUUAGAUGCUCUCUUUAUCCAGAAGUUAAACAAGCAUUAGUCAAACAGCUACAAAAUAUGCUGCAUACUGAAAAUAAGUAUAUUCGAGAGUUAAAAACCACAAUAGAUAAUGCAAGUCAAAAUAAUACUAAUUUUCAGGUGGUUAUUCACGCUGAUAGAAAACCUGCUAAUGGACACAAAGGCUGUUAUAAUGCUGCAACAUGUAAUGAAGUAGCUUUAGUUAUAGUUGGGCAGCAGUUUGAAAAACGUGAUAUUAUUAUUCAAAGCCACGAUAAUCGAUUACAACGGAUAAGUGAAUUACACAGAUCCUACGACGCACUUCAAUACCCUCUAAUGUUUUGUUAUGGAGAAGAUGGAUACUCAAUAGAUAUUUCUCAGAAGGAUGCAACUACAAAAUUAAUUACAGAUAAAACUGUAUCUGCUGCCAAUUUUUAUUCAUAUAAAAUUAUGGUAAGGAAAGAACAAGAUAAUCAUUUGCUUCGUUAUGGUCCAUUGUUCAACCAAUAUUUAGUAGAUAUGUACGCAAAAAUAGAGACUGAAAGAUUAAAUUUCAUUAGAAAUCAUCAAAAUAAGCUUAGAGCAGAUAAAUAUAUUCAUUUAAAAGAUACCGUGGGAAGACAAGAUGUUGACGCAGAUCAACUUGGAAAAUUAGUUGUAUUGCCAUCAUCUUUUACAGGAGGCCCACGAUAUAUGCAUGAACGAGCCCAAGAUGCACUGACGUACGUUCGACACUAUGGCAGCUCAGAUUUAUUCGUAACUUUUACGUGUAAUCCAAAAUGGCAAGAAAUCCAAGAAGCACUUUUACGAGGACAAAAACAUUACCAUCGCCCAGACAUCAUUGCAAGAGUAUUUAAUCGAAAAGUUAAGGAGUUAAUAGAUCUGUUGACAAAAGGAGAUUUGUUUGGGAAAGUGAGGUGCCAUAUAUAUUCAGUUGAAUGGCAGAAACGAGGCCUACCUCACGUACACAUAUUACUAUGGUUGGAGAAUCAAAUUACAUCAGAUAUGAUAGAUAAAUUCGUGUGUGCUGAGAUUCCGAAUCCAGAUGUAGAUCCUUUACUGUACGAGAUAGUAAAGGCUAACAUGAUACAUGGACCAUGUGGACUUUUGAACAAAAAUUCUCCGUGCAUGAAAGGAGGUGUUUGCAGCAAACGUUAUCCAGUUACGCUCAUUCAAGAAACUCAAAGAGGUGAAGAUGGCUAUCCAAAAUAUAGAAGGCGAUCAACAAACGAUGGUGGUUUCAAAGUGAGUAUUAAUGCUCAUAUAAAUGUAGAAAUAACCAGUUCAAUCAAGUCUAUAAAAUAUGUAUGCAAAUAUGUCACAAAAGGUAGUAAUCACGCAGCGUUUGGUUUAGGAAAAUCUGACCAUACAGAUGAAAUAAAAAUAUAUGAAAGUGGCAGGUAUAUAAGUAGUUCCGAAGCAGCUUGGAAAAUUUUAGGUUUUUAUAUACACGAUAGGUAUCCAGCUAUUAUUCAUCUUGAUGUUCACCUAGAAAAUGGACAACGUGUCUACUUCACAGCAAAUAAUGUUGCCGAAAGAAUAGAAAAUCCACCAACAACAACUCUUCAGGCUUUUUUCCAGAUAUAUCAAACCGAUAAUUUUGCAAGAACAUUGCUUUAUCCACAAGUUGCUUCGUAUUAUGUGUGGAAAAAUAAGAAUUUUGUUAGACGUAAACAAGGCCAGAAAGUCGAAGGUUGGCCAGGAGUUAAGAAAGAUACAGCUUUGGGUAGAGUUUAUACAAUCCACCCAAACAAUGUUGAAUGUUACCAUCUUCGUCUUCUUCUUCAUUACGUAAAAGGUCCAACAUCGUAUUCAUUUUUGAAGAUUGUGAACAAUAUCGAGUAUCCGACAUUCCAGGCCACAUGUAAAGCACUUGGAUUAUUAGAAGAUGACAAUCAGUGGGAUUUUGCUUUAGAAGAAGCAGCAUUAUGUCGUUCACCUAAUAAAAUGCGAGAACUUUUCAGUAAUGAACCCUCUUUGACUGAGGAACAGAGGUUUGUUUACAAACAAACUUUAAAUAGUAUCAAAUUAAAUUUAGGAAAAUGUAUAUUUUUAGACGCUCCUGGCGGAACUGGUAAAACUCACUUAAUCAGUAUACUUUUGGCUAAAGUAAGAAGCUCAUAUGGGAUUGCAAUUGCAGCUGCAUCAUCAGGAAUUGCUGCUACGCUUUUACAUGGAGGAAAAACUGCUCAUUUUGCUUUCAAGUUGCCACUCAAUCUGAACACCAUCGAGAUUCCAACGAGCAAUAUUAAUAAACAAUCUAAUAUGGCAAAUGUUCUGAAAAAAUGCAAGCUCAUAGUUUGGGAUGAAAGUCCAAUGUCUCAUAAGAAAGGCUUUGAAGCUUUAAACAACUGUCUGAAAGAUCUAAGAAAUUCAAAUUUAUUAAUGGGAGGAGUCACAGUACUGCUAGCUGGAGACUUUCGACAAACUCUACCAAUCGUACCCAGAGGAACUCGAGCUAAUGAAAUCGCAGCAUGCAUCAAGUCUUCAUAUUUGUGGCCUAAAAUAGAAAAAUUUUCUUUGACCAAAAAUAUGCGAGUACAUUUAAAAAGAGACAAGACUGCUGAACAGUUUUCUGAGCUACUCUUAAAAAUAGGAGAAGGAAAAUAUCCAGAAUGUGAAGAAAAAAUUACUUUGCCGACAGGAUUAGGUACUGUUGUUAAUACUUUACAAGAACUUACAUACAAAAUAUAUCCUGGCAUCGAAAACCUCAAAGAAAUAUCAAUAGACUGGUUAUGUGAGAGGGCCAUUUUGAUAUCAAAAAAUGAUACAGCAGGAGAAAUAAACAAAAUAUUAUUGGGCUCUUUUCAAGCAAAAAAAAUGGAAUACAGAUCGGUGAAUUCGGUGCUGGAAAUAGAUGAUGCAGUUAAUUAUCCCGUAGAAUUUCUCAAUUCACUCAACCCUCCUGGAUUCCCACCACAUUUAUUAACAUUAAAAAUUGGUACUCCUAUAAUGCUUCUAAGAAAUCUUAGCCCACCAAAAUUGUGCAAUGGGACUCGUCUACGUAUUACUGAUCUUCAAAAAAAUCUGAUAGAAGCUCAAAUUAUGACUGGAUUUGCAAAAGGUGAAUCAGUUUUUAUUCCUCGCAUACCAAUGAUACCAUCAGAUUAUUCAUUCCAAUUUAAGAGAAUGCAGUUUCCUGUCAAAGUAUGUUUUCUAUGA